AACUAAAAUGAUCCUUUGCUGGAAGGAUUAUUUAAGUUCAACUCAAAGCAUCUAACAGCAUUAAUGUUAUAUUUUUGUGAUCAUUUGUAUUCAAAUUAUUACCCAUGUCUCAAGAUGAGAUUAAUCAGGCUGAGGCUAAACUAUCUAAACAAACUCAACCCUGUAAAUUGAUUAGCAUUUUGCUGCUGCUUAUUUUGUUCACUUUUGGUGUAAAUUUACAACUUAAAAAUCACAACAUCUAUCAUAGUUAUUUCAUAGCUGCUUUGUCUUUUAUUGGCUUAAUCUGGUUAAUAAUAAUUUGGAUAGACAUAAAAAUAGUCUCAUGUAGACUUCACCUUUCCACUGAAGAUGCAUCAAGUGUCACUCACGUUGAAUGGACUUAUUACACAUACCUUAAAGCUCCACAUUUGUAUUGCUUUUACCUUAAACUUGGCCUGGCAGUUUUCUGCUGCAUUGAUCUGUCUCUAACAUUAGCCACAAUGAUUCAGGAAUUAUACUUCUUGUCCAAGUUACCAACCUGUUUCAAUAGCCUACGAUUGAUAUCAAGUACCUCGGACUUUCUGUUUGCAUCUGUUCAACUGAUUUUCAUUGAAACUCACAUGAAUAUCGCUAUUAAUCGAUUAAAAAAUCUCUCUCGACUUGGCUGUAUGAUCUGCAUUACUGUCGCUCUACUCAAAUGGUUUGCUACUAUUGUCUCUGAAGCUUUUCCUCAAGAUCCAAUCGACAUGGACUCGCAUUGUAGAUCAUUUUUGAAAUCCAAUGUUCGAGCUUUUGUACCUUAUAUUGACCCAUUUACUGUUGAAUUCAAUUUUCUUCUUGCUAUUCAAUGGUUAACAAUAUGGCUCAAUAUUGGAUCUUACAAGCGGACACGGGCUCCAUCUUUUUGGUUAAUUACAGAAUCUCAUGGAGCUCCCAAUCAAUUUGAAGCAAUGACUGAAUCAAUGGCAUUUCAUCGUAGCAAGAAGGGUUUAAUUGUUGGAAUAAUUUUCUUCAUUGGAAGCAUCAGUUCUCUUUUGUAUUAUUUUUCAAUUAUCGGACAAUCUAAUGUAUCAGAAUCGACUAUAUUUUUUGUGAAGUGGGAAGAUUUCAUUUACCUUGUUUCCUCACUAGUAGCUUUGCUGAUCGGAACUUGGCAGUUGUCUUUUCUCGGUCAAUCAGAUAAAAGUUGUAUUGGAUCGACUGAUUUAAUGUUACUCUUCUUUCCUCUAUUAGCCUUUUUUAUACGCGGCUAUAUCAGAAUAUAUUUCAUCUAUUCUGAAAAAUUUUCAUGGCUUGAAGGAUCGUUAGAAGCUCUCUCUAUUUUGCAGCCCAUUUAUCAAGCCUUUUUCAUCUUUUAUGGCCGAAUCAAAGUUUGUAAUACACCAUAUUUGGUACAACAUAAGCCUGGCAGACAAAUUAUUAUUUUAUUGAUUUUUAUGAACUUAAUUCUAUGGGUUUCUGGGGCUUUCCGAGACAAAGCUAAAGUGAACGACCAUGAUUUUCAGCAUUUUUUUCAUUUGAUUGUUCUCAAUCUUUGCCAUCCUUUUGUUUUAUUUUUUCGGUAUCAUUCAUCAGUCUGUUUAGCUAAUAUUUGGAAAGUUACUUAUGAACAUGGAAUGAUAAAUUAACAUCACUGCCAAUACUUUUACAUUUCAAUCAUUCUUCGAUAAAAAUAGAAGCAUUUCAAGAAUUAUAAUCAAAUGCUGGGCUUCUCAAGUUAUUUACUAGGUUAUUCAUAGCCCUACUCACGAAGAAAUGUUUUGUAGUUGGCUUUCUAGAAAAAGGCUGGUUGAAAAGCAACUUCCACUUUACUUGUAUCAAGUUUAAAGACCGAACACGACCUCGCGGUGGACUUCUUAGAGGUCGCGAAUUUGUCAUGAAAGGUAAAUAUUUAUAAUUGCUGUUCUCUCGAACUCUUGUAAAAAAUCUUUUGAUAGAGUGCAGUUGACUACAAAGUCAAACGGUUUAUAAGGCUGAAUAGUAUCUUGAGAGCUCAUAUCUAAAACUCAAAUGAAAUUGAAUUGCGUUUGAUGAUGACUUUGUAACCAGCUGCACCAGAUUUUUUGGGAUUAAUUAAAGAAAUUAACUUUUCCAUAA